AUGCAGUCAGGCAUAGCAGCAUCCCAGGAGCUCACUUCCAAAUUCAACACUCUCUUAGCCGACAGCUCCCUCUUCGGACUCCUCGUAACCAUCUCCUCCGAAUCUCUCGUCCCCUUGACCACGCUCCCUCGUUCCUCUUCAUCCAGUUCCUUCGCCGAUGAUCUUAAGGAGAAACUCGCUCCCUACCUGAAACCCGAUGAAGCCCUAUACAUCCUUCUACGGCGACAUGCCGACGCCCCGUACUUGAUCGCUAUAACAUAUGUACCCGACUCCGCCAAAGUACGACAGAAGAUGCUGUUCGCAUCAACACGACUAACGCUUGUGCGGGAGUUGGGUUCCGAACACUUCCGCGAUACCAUCUUCGCAACCACGGCCGAGGAACUUAGCGCUGAGGGUUUUGAUCGCCACGACCGCCAUGUCGAGCUCGAGGCACCCCUUACUGAGGAGGAACGUACCCUCGGGGAAGUUAAGCGUGCCGAGGCCGAAGCAGGUACUGGCACGGGCAUUCGCGAGAUCCACCUUAGCAAGACGAUGAACAUGCCUGUUGCUACUGAUGCCCUUGUUGCCCUAAGCGCGCUAGGCCGCGAGGAGGGCAGUGGAUUGGUGAUGCUGAAAAUCAACCCUCAGACCGAAGUCGUAGAGCUGGUCUCCGACGACUCCACCCCCUCUACCAUUCCCGAGCUUGUAAAGGCCAUCUCAUCGAGCGAACCGCGCUUCACGUUCUUCCGAUAUAAAGCAACGCCGCCACAGGGAGGAGACCAGAAGAAUGUAGUUCUUUUCUUCUACACAUGUCCAGCUACGCCGGGCACCAAGGCUAUCAAGUUCCGCAUGAUGUACCCGCUUAUGAAGCGCGCGGUACUUGAGGUAGCUACAAAGGAGGCAGGACUCCAUAUAGAGAAGAAGUUUGAGGUUGAAGAGGUGGAUGAGAUCACGGAGCAGACCGUAAACUCGGAUUUGUUCCCCGAGGCGGAGACCAAGACAGCCUUCAGAAGACCGAAGAGACCUGGUAGGUGA